AUAAAGUGCGAAGAAAAGUUAAUUUGGUUAUACCAUCGUAUUUAAGGCUAGACUCCGACUCAUAUCCUUCUUCGGGACCAAUGGAGCAGCUAUAUUACCAAGAAAUCUUAUUCCCAAAGGACAUCAUUUCUGAAAUACCCCUAAUAACGUCGCAAGCUUUUGUAGAAGAAACAAAACCUUUCAAUGAUCCCGUUAAAAGAGACAUCCAGGAUUUGGUAUGCGUUAUAAACGCUGGUGCGACCCACAUCUGUGACCAUUGGGCGUUAGCAGAAGCCAAAAAAAGACUGAGAUAUAUAACGUCCAUAGAAGGGCCAGGCAAAAGAAGUUAUUCUGGGGUAUCCGAAACAGAUCAAAAUAACGAGAAUAGCAAAAAUAGUGAAAAUACCGCCAUGAUUGAUAAACAAGGAUUAAAAUUUGUUGGCAUUAGACCUAUCGUCAAUGGAUAUGAUACUAAUUCUCUAAGCUCUGACUAUGGUUAUAUUUUGGAAUUCGUGACAACGGACUAACCAAACAAACAAAAAAACACUCUUUUUAAAAGAAAAAUCUACUUUUAGCAUAGUUGUUUUUAUUUUAAAUUUAAUAAAUAAAUUGUUAUUUAGAUAUAUAAAUCAACUUAUUUUACUAGUUUAUCCAGUUUGAUUUUGAAAUUAUAAAGUUAGGCCAUCAUGAUUAUCUAUUCAUGGAUUAUCAUAAUAAAUAGCAAAAUUAUAAUCUAAAAUUAAAAAAAUAUGAACUUUUUUAACAAGCCUUCAUACUUAUUUUCAUGCUUUUACAAGCUUAAAAAUAAUUCUUUAAAGUUUUGAUCUCUAAAGAUCAAAAAAAAAUGAAAUUUUUAUAUAAUGAGGGUUUUUGAGAAUUCUCAGGCACAGGAUAAAUUUUGCCCAAAAUUCUAAAUAUUUUUUUGUAAGAAAUCUCUUUUGAUUAUUAGCCAAAAAUUCUUUCAUGAAUGAAAUUACAAAUUUUUUUUUUUUAAAAUAAUCCCCAAAUUUGUUUCCUAUUUUUUAACAAAAACUUAAAUCAAGAUUAUUCAUGUUUCACUAACACAUUGGACGCUAUUCUUCAAUAUAGUCAUUUCCCUUAUAUUAUAAAUUUUGAAUUUCAUUUGAAUCUUUUAAUAUAUUAUAAUUGUUUGUCACUAAUAAUAAUAUUAUAAAUCAUAUAUAUUUAUUUAUUUUGAAUUUAUUGUCAAUUAAAUGUUUAUACUUUUAGUUAAU